AGCUUCUGCAAGGAAGUGGAAUCGUUUCCUUCUGCAAGAGUUUUCAUGCAAGUCUGAGCUGUUUGCCAUUCCGAAAUCCAGUAGCUUCAAGGGGCUCUUGCUGGCAAGUGGGUGUGUGUGUGUGUGCAGCUGCUGAAGAGGUCUUCCAGUAUCUCCUUCCAAUAGGGAUUGGAAACUCAAAGGACAUUUUCAAAACCUCCCUCCUUCACUGGGACCUGCAGAGAGCAAUGUUUGGCUUUCUUUACAGGAGCAGGUGCACCUAUUUCUGGAGUGGCAGAGCUGAUCUGAGCUGCCUUUCAAGAUUAUCGCCACCUGCAAACAUUUGUCGCUUCCCCUUGCUGUGAAUAGCCCAGCUGUGCAAGCUGGAAAAAAAGGAGGGAGCCUUCCCACAAGGACAAGCUGAUGGGGAAAUGUGUUCUUACCUCCACCCUCCCUCCUUCUCCUCCACCUCCUCUUGCUCCUAGUGAAAGCAGCCAGAGAGCAGGUCAUCCGGGUUCUGCUUCCACCCUUCUCCUUUGGUUAUUGCCCAAGUAGUCACCUGAGUUGCAUCUCCCACUUUGGGCAGUUCUUUGAUGGCUUCUCUGAGGAGAGUGAAAGUCCUGCUGGUCUUAAACUUGAUUGCAGUCGCUGGGUUCGUCCUCUUCCUGGCCAAGUGCAGGCCCAUCGUCGUGAAGGGUGGGGACUCCUUCCACGAAAUCCACCCCAGGGCAGAAGUGUCCAACUUGACUGCCCGUGCUGGAAACCCCAUUCAGGAUGCAGUUUUGAAAAGGCUGUCACUUCUCGAAGACAUUGUCUACAGACAGCUCAAUGGUCUGUCCAAAUCACUGGGGCUCAUUGAAGGCUAUGGUGGCCGUGGGAAAGGUGGGCUUCCUGCCACACUUUCCCCAGAGGAGGAAGAGAAAGCCAAGGGACCACAUGAGAAAUACGGCUACAAUUCCUACCUCAGUGAGAAAAUAUCACUGGACCGUACCAUACCAGAUUAUCGACCAACCAAGUGUAAAGAGCUGAAAUACCCAAAGGAUCUCCCGCAGAUUUCUAUUAUUUUUAUCUUCGUGAACGAGGCCUUGUCGGUCAUCCUGCGUUCAGUGCACAGCGCGGUGAAUCACACACCUGCUCACCUGCUGAAGGAGAUAAUUCUCGUAGAUGACAACAGUGACGAAGAGGAGUUGAAGGCGCCCCUGGAAGAGUAUGUCAACAAGCGAUACCCUGGCCUGGUGAAGGUGGUCCGCAAUCAGAAAAGGGAAGGCCUUAUCCGAGCUCGCAUCGAAGGCUGGAAGGUUGCCUUGGGCCAGAUCACUGGCUUCUUUGAUGCACACGUGGAGUUCACGGCAGGCUGGGCUGAGCCUGUUCUUUCACGGAUCCAGGAAAACCGGAAAAGGGUCAUUCUUCCUUCUAUUGACAAUAUCAAGCAGGACACCUUUGAGGUUCAGCGCUAUGAAAAUUCAGCCCAUGGAUACAGUUGGGAGCUGUGGUGCAUGUACAUUAGCCCACCGAAGGACUGGUGGGAUGCUGGAGACCCUUCACUACCAAUCAGGACACCAGCUAUGAUAGGCUGUUCUUUCGUGGUGAACCGGAAGUUCUUUGGAGAAAUUGGACUUCUUGAUCCAGGAAUGGAUGUUUAUGGUGGAGAGAACAUAGAGCUUGGAAUUAAGGUAUGGCUCUGCGGUGGCAGCAUGGAAGUCCUGCCCUGCUCUCGAGUUGCCCACAUUGAGCGCAAGAAGAAACCUUACAACAAUAAUAUUGGCUUUUACACGAAGAGGAACGCAUUGCGGGUGGCCGAGGUGUGGAUGGAUGACUACAAGUCCCAUGUGUACAUUGCAUGGAACCUGCCACUGGAGAAUCCUGGAAUUGAUAUCGGAGAUGUUUCAGAGCGAAAAGCACUCAGAAAAAGUUUGAAGUGCAGGAACUUCCAAUGGUACUUAGACCACGUCUACCCAGAAAUGAGAAGAUACAACAACACCAUUGCAUAUGGAGAGCUGCGCAACAACAAGGUGAAAGAUGUCUGUCUUGAUCAAGGACCACAGGAGAACCACACAGCCAUCCUGUAUCCAUGCCAUGGUUGGGGGCCACAGCUUGCCCGCUACACCAAAGAAGGGUAUCUUCACUUGGGCGCUCUUGGGACCACGACACUCCUGCCUGAUACCCGCUGCUUGGUGGAUAAUAUGAAGAACCGAUUCCCACAACUCCUGGACUGUGAAAAGGUCAAGAGCAGUCUCCAUAAGCGCUGGAGUUUCAUACAGAAUGGUGCAAUUCUAAACAAAGGGACAGGCCGCUGUUUGGAAGUUGAGAAUAAAGGCAUGUCAGGUAUGGAUCUUAUUCUUCGAAGCUGCACAGGACAAAGGUGGACAAUUAAGAAUUUCAUCAAGUAGAACGCCCUUUCUCCUUUGCUCAAGAACUGAUGGAAUUCAGAUCUUUCACAAGGGUAGACAUCCUUCCAUCUCCUCUGCUCUGUUCACAAUAUCAGGGAAAACUCUUAAGGGAAGAGAAUAUUUUCUUUCUUUUUCAAAAUAAUAAUAAUUAUUAUUAUUUAUUGAACUUUGAUGAUCUCUCUGCUGACUUCAACCAGCUGGAAGAAAACAUUCUAGGUCUGCAGUUGUCAUUACGUGAGCACUCAACUGGCAUUUCUGCUGAAGAACUGUAAUAAAUGCUUUAAACGUUUUCCAGAGCAAUAUUACUUUCCCCAAAUGGGCCCGCAGAAGAUGCAGGAGAAUCAAAGGAAGAUCAAUUUGCAAGUGAUAAUAUAUCAACCGUGAAGGCCAUGAUUGCUGUAGGAUCCCUAGAAAUAUUCCUUCAAUCCUCCUUCAAGCUGGUUUUGAGACACUCUGGGGAGAAUCCUGGACUCCUAAAGGCACAUUUCAUAAGCUUCUUGCAGAACCUUUUCCUCCAUACUAAGCACAACUUGCUGUUGUUGUUUUUGUGAAGCCUGAUGUAUGUGUGAGGGGGACAUCCAGAAUUCCAGCCGUGCACUGCUGCAAUCAGCAGAAUUUACAAAAAGGCCCCUUUUGGCAUUGGCACUUCAUCCUUCACCCAAGUCAUUAAGAGAAGUGCGCUAUUUUCCACAAACAUGCCAAGAGGGAAGGGAAGGAAUAAUUUCGUGACAAAUCCCCACCCAAAGCAACAAUGAUUAAUUGGGUGUUUGAGUGGUUUUUAAAUGUGCAAUAAUCAGAUUAACUUUG